AUGACACAAAAAAAUGAUAAUGUUGAUAGCAAAGAUUAUGUUGAUGUUAGUAGUGAGGGUGAAGCUUUCGCUGUUGACAGUGAAAAUGAUGAUGUUGAUGUUAAUAGUGACAGUGAAGAUGAUUAUUUUGAUAUUCAUCUUGAUGAUGUUAGUGAUGAUGAUGUUGGUGUUGCAGAUCUUAAUGUUGAUGAUAUAGAUGAUGAUGUUGGAGUUGAUACCGAUGAUCAAGAUGGUGUUGUUGAUAUUGAUGGUGAAAACGAUGAUGUUGAUGUGGGAUUUGAUGGUGAACAUAAUAUUGAUUCUGAUGGCGAAGAUGAAGGGGUUGACGACGAUCAUCUUGAUGCCCACGUUGAUGACGAAGAUGAUGAUGCUAAAGUUCACGUUUGA